AGCCAUAUAUUUAUGUUGUAAACUACUGUAAUUAAUUGAGGAUAUAUUAAUAAUAAUGUACUUGUGAUGAUGAUGAAUAAGUAUUGGUGUAGUGGAAUGGGGAGCUUGAAUAAUGGAGCAGAGGCGAUCGAGAAACAGACCAAGAUUCUGGCGGGGAGGGUGCGGAGGAUGCUGGGGCUAACGUGGGACCGGAUUUGCAGCGUGGGACGGGAAGAUCCUCGGCGAGUUGUUCACGCCGUGAAAGUGGGCUUGUCUUUGACGUUGGUGUCUUUGCUGUACUUGGUGGAGCCGCUGUUCAAGGAGGUCGGCCAAAACGCCAUUUGGGCCGUCAUGACGGUGGUUGUCGUCCUUGAAUUCACUGCUGGUAAUUAAUUGUACAUGAUUAUAUUACCAUCCCGUUUUUAAGGACCCUAUCAUUUUUUUUCUCAUUUUGUUUGCCAUGCAUAAUUCCAUGAUGGCGCUUUAAUUUGGCUUAUUAGAGUGCUUGUUGUGAUCAUUUUAAGUUGACUUUGAUACCAAUGUGGUAAACCAAUGCUUACUAUUUUGAUAAGUACUCCGUACUUUUUUGUACUCCCUCCGUCCCAUAAAACAUUUCCUGUUUC